UAUAUCGCCACACAGAUGGCGCUUCACUUUCAUCCUGUGGAUGUAAACUUUCGUUGGCAGCGAGAAUUCUGAGACAACGAAGUUGGUGGAAUAUUCCUGUGACAUUGCUUUGUCCAGCAGGAGAAGUCGAUUUUGAAGCAUGGAGUCUCAGCACCAUGUCAAAGGUCAUAUAUUAGUAACAGGAAGUUCAGGUUUUAUCGGAUGUCACGUGGUCUUGGCUCUGUUAGAAGCUGGUUAUGACGUAGUUUCCGUUGCUUCGAUGAAAUCGUCAGUUCCAGAUAAGGAAAACCAAAUGCCAGAAAGUUUAAGAAGGGUACAGGAGAUGACUGGAAAAUGUGUCAACUUCAUGAAAGCAGAUCUACUUGACGCUGAGGCACUUAGAGAAGUGUUUAAAAAAUACGAAAUCGGCUGCGUCGUGCAUCUAGCUGCCCUCAAGGCUGCUGCUCAAUCUUUCAAGAUACCUCUGACGUACUACAGGACCAAUGUGGGCGGGACCAUCAAUUUAUUAAAGGCUAUGAAAGAAGCAAACGUUAAAAGAAUGGUUUACUGUAGCUCCUACACAGUUUAUGGUGACCCCGAGUAUUUACCUGUUGAUGAGCGCCACCAAGCGGGAUCUGGAUGUACUAAUCCUUAUGGGCGAAGCAAAUAUAUGGGCGAAGAAAUAUUAAAAGAUUUGUGUAAUACAGAAGAGAACUGGCAAUGUGUAUCACUGCGAUGUUUUACUGUGGCUGGCGCUCACCCCCAGGGAAAAAUAGGUGAGAACACUGGCGGAACACCCACCACUUUGAUGUCCUUUUUACCUCUGGUAGCAAAAGGGGACAGGCCGGAGUUGAAGGUUUUUGGAAUGGACUACAAAACAAAGGAUGGAACAGUUGAACGUGAUUUUGUCCACGUGAUCGACGUAGCUGAUGCCCACGUGGCAGCUGUUCGGAGAGUGACGCAGAAGUCGCGAGAAAAAUAUGAGGUAGGUUAGUGUAGAGAAAGGGAUGGAUGAUUUGGUUUGUUCUGAAU